GCUACAUGUCGUCCCCGCAGGCCCUAGAGGACGAACAGGGCGGCGGCGAUCCACCCAGGGACCUCCGCAGCGUCCUGGUCACCAGCGUGCUCAACCUUGAGCUGCUGGACGAGGAUCUCUUCAGAGGAAGGCAUUACUGGGUACCCUCAACCCAGCGGCUGUUCGGGGGUCAGAUCGUGGGCCAGGCUUUGGUGGCUGCAGCCAAGUCUGUGAGUGAAGAUGUCCACGUGCAUUCCCUGCACUGUUACUUUGUUCGGAAAGGGGACCCGAAGGUGCCGGUGCUGUACCAGGUGGAACGGACGCGAACAGGGGUGAGCUUCUCCGUGCGCUCCGUGAAGGCCGUGCAACACGGCAGGCCCAUCUUCAUCUGCCAGGCCUCCUUCCAGAAGGCCCAGCCCAGCCCUGUGCAGCACCAGUUCUCCAUGCCUACCGUGCCUCCACCGGAAGAGCUGCCUGGCCACGAGGCCCUCAUUAACCAGUAUUUAAGGGACCCUAACCUCCAAGAGAAUUACCGAGUGGGGCUGAACCGAAUUGCUGCCCGGGAGGUGCCCAUUGAGAUCAAGCUGGUAAACCUACCCACUCUGAGCCAGCUGCAGAGCAUGGAGCCCAAACAGAUGUUCUGGGUGCGAGCCCGGGGCUACAUUGGGGAGGGCGACAUGAAGAUGCACUGCUGCGUGGCAGCCUAUAUCUCGGACUAUGCCUUCCUGGGCACAGCACUGCUGCCCCACCAGUGGCAGCACAAGGUGCACUUCAUGGUCUCCCUGGAUCACUCCAUGUGGUUCCACGCCCCUUUCCGAGCUGACCACUGGAUGCUCUAUGAGUGUGAGAGCCCCUGGGCCGGGAAGGGGGGCUCUCGAACGCCAACAGCAUCACAAUAAAGGAGCCACCACCUUGAAGUUAGGACUCUUGGGUUCAUGUUUGGCCUGAUCCUUAAGGCCAAGUUCCUGAGCCUCUCCGGGCUUGACUGGCAUCGUCUGGAACAUGGGACAAGGCCUGCUUCACUUGGUCACCGUGAGGCCUAAGUGAGCUGUUCUGCAUGUAAGAGAAACGAGCAGUUCCCUUCCUAAAUAAUCAGACUAAGGCCCUGGGCUAGCAAGGGAGAAUCUCCACCUGGGGAGGGGGCGUGGCCAGGCCUCACGGCUCCACGUCCUGUCCUCUGAGCCCCUUUGUCCCUGUGGGGAUGGAGGUGGGUUUUUUUUGUUGUUGGUUGGUUUGUUUGAAUGAAUUACCAGCCUGGAGGGCCUGGUUUGUUUUACUAUAAAGGGAACUGAUGGGUUUCCUCACACAGGUGGCCAGAAGUGGGGCAGGUCUGGUUAGCUGAGCUACUGAACCAGAGUGUUCUCAGAACGUCUCCCCUUGGGAUUUUUUUGAGGAAGUCAGCAGAUAUGUGAAAGUGCUUUUAAACCAUCAAGUGGGAUUCCCAUGGGAGGAGUUACCCCCGAUGACCAACCAUAAUAGGCUCCUAAAAGGGUGCUUGGAGAUUGGGAGUGACCACAACACUGAGCAUACCCUGGCAUGGGGUGGCCCAACCCGAGCUGUUCGUUUUUCAAGGAGGGCAUUUGGCUGGGUGGAAGGAAACAGAAGGCCUUUCUCUCCCUUACCUUCA